AUGGGCAGGCGCGAUGAUGAAUUGCAGCUAGCCAUCUACAGGCCUCCUCCAAGCUUCACCGGCGGGUGCCUGGAAAUCCGCCUCUUCUACGUGCGGAUAGCGCCCUGCGCGGUAGACGCCCUCCCCGACCGGCUGAAGCUCCGGCAUCUCCGCCGCGAGACUGGCGUCUUCUUGGAGAUAAACGGCGCGCGCAUCCCGCCGUCCGAACCCGUAUGCGUCAGCCUCCGCCGCGAUCGGGUCGACAGGGGCUCCUCCGAGGUGACGUACGUCAGCACCGAUAGCAUCCGGGUGUCGGGGCCCGCGGAGUUCGAGGUCUGCGAGGAAGGUCAUGAUGGGGAUAUGGUCCUCUGCGGCUCGCUGGAGAGAGACGAGGUGGGGCCCACGUGGGCCGGCGGGAAUGCAUCGGGUAAUGAUUCGAGGACCGGCUGGAGCCUGGAGUGCUACGUGGCGACCUCAGUGGCCGAUGGAAGGUCGGCCCUUCUCCACCCGAGGACAGGGGCUUGCUCGCCUUCGAUCGAGGUUUAUAUAGCCGGGUGCUGCUCGGGUACUCCAGUGAUCUUGAUGAAGACGAUUUUGGUUAGUCCGAGGAAGAAGGUGAGGCAGGGGAUUACUCUGGACUCGAUUCCUGAGGAUGAAGAGAUGGGGAAGGAGCAGGUGAAUCGGUGCAAUGGGGUGGUGAGGCAUAGGAAAUUGCAGUCCAUGCCGUCUGAUGUGGAUGAAUACGACUCGGACGGGAAAAUCGCAUAUGGCAAUCAAUCUGAAGAAAUGUACCCAGGUGAAGAUGGUCAGCUCACGUGGUUCAAUGCCGGUGUAAGGGUCGGUGUUGGAAUAGGUCUCGGCAUGUGCCUUAGCGUGGGAAUCGGUGUUGGCCUGCUCAUGCGAUCUUAUCAAGCUACGACCAGGACUUUCAGGAGAAGGUUUUUCUGA